UCUUGAACAAGAAUAUGAUAUGCGUGGAAGGUGCAGCGCUGGUCAAAAAAUGUCCGCAUCAAUUAUAAUUAGAUUGGCAUUGGCAGAAACAAAUUAUGGAGCUGGGAAUGCUGGCUAUGGCAUAAUAACCUCUCUUACCUUCAAGAUUCAUCUCAUUCAACCAAUAGUUACCUCAAUUAAUAUCUCCUACUAUUUAGAACAAGUUGAAGUGGUGUUUAUGUCACUUUCCAAAGUAUCUAAAAAUCUUAGCGAAAAUAUAACUCCCUACCUUGCAGUAAUGGCCGAAAGUA